AGUCACCCCAGCUAAGAUGGAACAAAAUAGCACCGAUUCUCCUGCACAGUAUACUCUUUCCGAAGUGCUUAAAAACCCGAAAACUGCUUUGAUUACCACAUUUUUAGUACUUCUGAUUUUGUGUACUCUGGUUGGGAAUUUUCUUGUUAUCUGGAAUAUUUUUACGACUCGACGUUUGAGGUUUUCAGCGUUCUUCUUCGUGGCGAGUUUGGCUGUGGCAGAUUUUCUAGUUGGACUUGUUGUUCUUCCAAUCUCGCUCGCUUAUCACCUCACUUUUGAAAUGACAGGAAGAUGGAUUUUUGGUUCCUGGACUUGCAAAGCAUGGCUUCUGUCCAACUUUUGGUUCUGCUCUGCAUCAAUUCUCAAUCUCUGCUUGGUCAGCUGGGAUCGUUACGUAGCAGUGACGUCACCUCUCUAUUACAAGGUUCGUAUAAGCGAUACCAGAGUCAAGACACUGAUUGGAAUGAUCUGGUUCCUUAGCUUUUGUCUGGCAAUUGUUUUGUCUACUGGCAUUCAUCUUAACUCGGCAUCCAGUACUAAGAACUGCACUGUUCAGAGCCUGAAUAAGAUUUUCACCGCAAUAGGGGUAGUUUUUGUCUUCUUCCUUCCUGCAAUCUUUCUUGGUUUCGUCAAUACAAGAGUCUGGCUUAUAACGCGAACACAUCAGAAAAGAAUCCAAGUGAGCUUACACCUGAACUCUUUUAGUAAUGUUAGUGCGAAUUCUGAACAAAUAAAUCUCGAUGAAACAACGACUGCACGCUCCUCAUCAAGACCACGUGAAUCUUCCACGAGGACACUAACAAGAACGAUCAAACAAGAGAUCAAGACAUUCAAAACCUUUCUUAUCGUUAUCGGGGUGUUUGUGGUCUGUUGGUGCCCGUUCUAUACGUCCAUGCUUGUUGAUAUUUUCAAGCCACUUCAAGGCUUUGUUUUGUUCUUAAUGAUUAUUCUAAGCUAUUGCAAUAGCGCUUUGAACGUUUUUAUAUAUGGGAUAUUUAGCAGAGAGUUCAGAAGUGCUUUGAUAUCGACUGUCAAAUGUAUAUAG